GGCGGUACCUAGUGCGCUUCCGCCUGCGGGGAGAAAGUAGUCCUGGUGCGGGCUCCGGCCGCUCGCCCGCCCGCCCGCCGCGCCGGCUUGUGCCGCGAGCAGGAGGCCGCGGCUCCGGGCGGCGGCGCAGCGUCCCCUGCGGGGUUUUCUCGGGCGGGCGGGCAGUCUGCGCCGCGGCGGGGGCGGAGGGAUCCGAGCGGAGCGAGGGAGCGGUGCGGCCGGGCGUGUGUGAGGGAGGCGCCGGCGCCGGCGGCUGCGCGGGCUGAGGGCAGCGCGCUCCGCCGGGACCCCUCGGCCUGCGGCAGAUAAGGGAUCGGAAUGAUGGGAUUCUUAAGGACUAUCUAAAGAUCUGAACAUUUGGAAAAGCGGAAGAGAGAAGGGUGGAUGUCAUCUGAAAAAUGAAAGAGAGAAGAGGUAUGGAGAACUUGGUGGCUGGCUCCACCCUUCCUCCGCUUUUUGCGGAUGAAGAUGGAUCUAAGGAAGGUAGUGAAAUUACUGUGACUGGAUUAGCUCAUUCUGAGAGUUCGUUCAGUGGUGGAACUUCGCAGUCUGUAAAUAACCCAGAUUUGGUGGAGGAUUUGUCACAAGCUCAGCAACUGCAAAAUGAGUCCUCUAAUACCACUGAAAACGCAGAGCAGAAGCCUGAGGAGGAGCAGCAAAGAACUAAACGAGGAGGCUGGGCCAAGGGGAGAAAGAGGAAGAAACCCCUUAGGGACAGCAAUGCCCCCAAAUCCCCCCUCACAGGGUAUGUGCGAUUCAUGAAUGAGCGUAGGGAGCAGCUUCGAGCGAAGAGGCCUGAAGUCCCUUUCCCAGAGAUCACCAGGAUGCUGGGCAAUGAAUGGAGUAAACUGCCUCCCGAGGAGAAACGGCGAUACCUUGAUGAAGCAGAUAGAGAUAAGGAGCGUUACAUGCGGGAGCUGGAGCAGUAUCAGAAGACUGAAGCCUACAAAGUCUUUAGCAGGAAAGCGCAGGACAGACAAAAAGGGAAAUCACACAGACAAGAUGGAGCAAGACAGCCAGCUCAUGAUCAUGAGAAGGAAGCAGAUACAAAGGAGAGAUCUGUUUUUGAUAUCCCGAUCUUCACAGAAGAGUUCCUGAAUCAUAGUAAAGCACGAGAAGCUGAGCUGCGACAGCUGCGUAAAUCCAACAUGGAGUUUGAGGAGAGGAAUGCUGCUCUGCAGAAACAUGUUGAGAGUAUGCGUACGGCAGUGGAGAAGUUGGAGGUGGAUGUGAUACAAGAGCGUAGCCGCAACACAGUGCUGCAACAGCAUCUAGAGACCUUACGCCAAGCACUCACAACCAGCUUUGCUGGAGUCCCACUACCAGGUAGCGGGGAAACGCCUACAAUGGAAACUAUUGAUUCGUACAUGAAUAGGCUGCACAGUAUUAUUAUGGCUAACCCACAGGAGAACGAGAACCUCAUAGCCACAGUCCGAGAGGUGGUAAACCGGCUUGAACGCUAGUGGUUGGUCUCAUGACCCAGGGAUGCUUUACAAAAGUUUUUCGGCCAGUGUGGAAUAAGAAGCCAUGAGGGAAAGACUGGGGGUGGGAGGCAGAACUUGCAGGUUUGUCCUGCUCCCUGCCUUUGCAGUUUGUCAGUGGGGCAAACAGAUCAAUGCAUUAAAAGGUCUUAAGAAGCCACGGAAACCACCCACUAAACAUUUUUGAACUGUCCACUGUGUAAACCUUUUAAGAGCAUGUGACUUUUGUGCAAUCUUCAAUUUUUUAUUAACUUUUCUGGAUGUGAGGGUGCAUACAUUCUGUGACCUGGCUGACUAUGGAGGUGAAAUCUCUCAGUUUGUGAAAUUAAGUCAGCCUACUUGUCGUGGUAAUAGCUUUGACGUGUUAUAUUGCUUCAUGUCUUCUGAUGUCCUUUAUUUAGUUUUCGUGUUUAUCUUGUGGGAUUACAUUCCCCUACUUGAGUUUUCUUCUUUUGAUCUUGUUAUCUGAUACUUGCAGUACUGGAUAGCAGCACCUGUUUUCUCUGCCAUGGCAGGCAGUCUUCCUUGGUGCACCGUCUUGUCCUACCCUGCCUGCUGUGUUUAUAUAAGCUUUUCUUCAGCAGAACCCUGUUUUUAUGUUAGCCUGUGACUUGUAAAAUGUGAGUUUGCUCCCUGCCUGAAAUGGGCUGUAAUUGGUGCUUUCUGACUUGAUUCCAGUACAACAGUGACUAUCCUACCACCCCCUCUCUUCAAGCACCCCUCUUGCACAUGGCAUCCUGCUCUUCUGUGAAGGUCCACUGUUACCUCUUGAAAAUAUUUGGUGGAACAUUUUACUAUUGCACAGGUCAGUGGUAAUCAAGAAAGUGAAAGGUUAGCUCUUCUCGGUUGGCAGGGAAAGCAGAAAUCUCCAUUUUAGACUAAAAACACAAAGCUUAUCUUUCCUCCGAUAUGUUUUUCAGUCUGAUUUGAAUGUUACUGCUUACUUUUUGAAAGAUUGAUCUCAUGGUGAGAGCUGUAUUCUGUAAAAAGAGAAGUGGGCUGGGGAAUUGUAUUUUCUGUCCUUCUGAAACUGUAGUGCUGAGAAACAAUAUACCUAGAAACAGCACGUGUAUUUUUGCAUGAAUUAUUAUAGCAGAGAAGGUUGUUAGCAGCUAGGUCCACAUAGCAGCCCACAGAAUUCUAAACUGCAGCCCAUAAGUGCUUUCACCUUCUUACUGUUAAAGUAUAGCCUAUGGAGCCUAUAGCAUUCAGCAUAUUAUGUUCCAGUGUGAUCUAAAUGGCCUUUCACUUGCAUCAAGUAGAACUUUGCAUGCUAGGGUCUGUAAUCUUGCUAAAGCUGCGCUGCACCUCCUGUCAAAGAUAAAGGCACCUACUGUCUGCACCAACUUAUGCAAAUCAUUGCCUGUGGGUUCCUGUCAAUUUGUUAAUUCAGACUUUGAGCACUUGUUGAACAUCUUUAGGCUUUAUAGUAAUGAUUGGAAUGCACUCUCUUCCACAUGACAGUCUCCUUGCUUCUCCUUCAGAAAUCUUUAAGGAUUUCCCUGUUACGAAUUGGAGAUUGCUUUCAUUACUUGAGUGCAUUGCAAUCAAGAUCACUUUCAUGUAUCUGUAAUGCAAGUAUUUGAAGAUUAAAAAGUAGUUUCUUCUUUCCCAUGCUAUACACAUGGACUUUGUGCUUGCCUGAAGCCACCUCAAGGUCAACGCCUUGCAUGUCAGGUCUUUGUUUGCUCAUGGGCUUAUUGCUGUAGCCAAGCAGCAAGGAUUUCAAUGUAAAUUCAAGUCUUCCUUCAAGGAGGAAACUCCUCUCCCUUGUCUUCAGUCUCAUUUGCAAGAUUUCACCAAAAAGAACCUCAGUUUGCUGCGUUGACUUACACUUUCUGCAGUGUGGACAAGACCAACUGAUGUUGGCAUGGACUUUUUAGUGGAUUCUAUAACAAACAUUGCCUGGGAAAAAUUCUACAGAUUAAUAAUGUCUCCAGAAAAAAGCACCCAUACCUUCAUGUUGUGUGCAUAUCUCCUUUUUAGGAUUACGGAUAUUUGACUUCAUUGAAGUGGCUGAAAUGCACUGCCAGCCAAAAGUUGAUUUACAAAAUCCUAAAAUUCAGUCUGUAGCAUCUUAUAGCCCAUAAAGACUCUGGAAAUUGAUAUGUAAUAUAGUUGGAUGUAAUUCCAGGCUGUGCAAUACACACACUCUAUAAAUAAGGUGUGUGGCUGCACGCUGCCCCUGCUUAUGUAAAUUCAGUGCAAGUAUCGGCUCAUAGCAUACUGCUAACACGUCAUUCUGUGGGGUAGCACGUAAGUGUUCUCAAAUGAGACACUUGAGGUGAUAUUAUUAGCUGGAGACUGACAAGUCUUUUCCCACGAAGAAGGAAGGGAGAUGUUAUACCUGUCUUAAAGCACCUGGGGAAAGAUUAAGUUUGCGUUCAUCAACAAUAUGACAGAUGAUGUUUUGUCUUACUAAGAAGCUUCCUAUCUACACUAAUUGACCCUAUAAAAUGGAUUUUGCCUUUCCAGUGUUUUUCUGAGCGUCACUUCGGUUUACAUUUUUCAAUGUUGGCUGACGAAAAUAUGAAGUGGGUGUUGAUGAGAGGAGCAGGAUAAAAUGCUUUCUCUUCACUUAGAGAAAUGUUAAGAAAACUGUAUGAAAAUGGAGUCCAUUUGUUGGAUCAAUGUGUUUGGAAUUGUUGAGAUGCCAAGUUUUCUGUACAAUGUUUUUGUAAUUAAACUUUUGGAGUUCCUUUGUUUUUGAGAAGUUGAUGUGCUUGUUUGACACUCGCUUCAUUAAAAUUGUUCAACAUUGAA